AUGCAUCCUAGAGCCUCGAAAUCACCUGUGACUCCAGAAAUCAUCAUUAAAAUCUAUGAUAUGGUUUUGGUCCAUAGACGAGUGGAAGUGCGCGAGUUAGCAGAGAUUACAUGCAUCUCAAAUGAGCGAGUUCACUGUAUUUUGCAUAAUGAAUUGCACAUGGAGAAACUUAGCCAUAUUCCACCCGAUCUAGCUUACUCAGAUUACUAUCUGUUCCCGAAACUCAAGAUCUUCUUGGCUGGACAGAAAUUUAGGUUAAAUGAACAGGUCAUACAGGAGAUAAACAAGUAUUUUGAGGUCCUCGAAGAAUCCUACUUCCGCGAAGGGAUCACGAACCUGAAAUAA